CACACACACAUCCACAUUCCCCUACACCUCCUCCGCCUCCUCCUCCUCUCUCUCUCUCUCUCUAGCACACAGCAGUACAGUUGAUCAUAUUAUCUGAGAAGUACUAUACUAGUAAAAGCUUGUAGCAGCUAGCUACAGCCAAUAGUGUAAGCUCCAACACAGACAAAUAUACUUGCGCCAGUAGUGAGUGAUUCUAGUACAUCCUCGGAUCGAGCUUGGCAGCAUGGCUUCUUCGCCGUCCGACCUAACCCUAGACUACAAGCCCAACGGCAACGGCGCCGCGUACGCAGUGACGACCCCGAAGCCGCCGCAGGAGACGCUCGUGGUGGACGGACACCACCACCACCACCAUCUGACGGCGGCGGAGCAGACGACGCAGAAGCUCCGGGAGUUCCUCGCGCGCCUGGAGGAGGAGCGGCUCAAGAUCGACGCCUUCAAGCGCGAGCUCCCCCUCUGCAUGCAGCUCCUCAACCACGCCAUGGAGUCGUACCGGCAGCAGCUGGAGGCGUACCAGAUGGGGAGCCUGCAGGGCGCGCCGGCGAGGCCGCUGGUGCUGGAGGAGUUCAUGCCGCUCAAGAACAUCGGGAUCGACGCCGCCGCCGACAAGAUGGGGAACCCGACGUCGGAGAAGGCGAGCUGGAUGGAGUCGGCGCAGCUCUGGAACGGGCCCGCGGCAACGGCGGACGUGGCCGCCAGGGGGCCGCAGACGCCCAAGGAGAGCGCGGAGUGCGCGCACGGCGCCGCGGGCGCCGGCCACGGGCAGCGCAACGGCGGCGGCGGCGGCGGCGCGUUCCUCCCGUUCGCCAAGGACAAGACCGCGUCCGCGGCAGAAGGCGCGGCGCUGCCGGAGCUCGCCCUCGCGCCCGCGGACAAGGACGCGGCCGACGCUGACAGGAAGCCGUACCUUGAUGCCGCCGCCGGCAGCAACAACGGUGGCGUCCUGGGCUCGCGGAGAGACGCCGUCCAGAGCGGGGUCGUCAACGUCAAGCCGGCGCCGAACGCGCCGGAAGGGCAGCAGGCGGCACCGCCGCAGACGCACCGCAAGGCGCGGCGGUGCUGGUCGCCGGAGCUGCACCGCCGCUUCGUCAAUGCCCUCCAGAUCCUCGGCGGCGCUCAAGUGGCGACCCCGAAGCAGAUCCGCGAGCUGAUGAAGGUGGAUGGAUUGACCAAUGAUGAGGUGAAAAGCCAUCUCCAGAAGUACAGGCUGCACACACGGCGGCCGAUGCCGGCGCCGCCCGCACCGGCGACCGCCGCGCCGCAGCUGGUGGUCCUCGGCGGCAUCUGGGUCCCGCCGGAGUACGCGUCGCAGGCGGCGGGGCAGGCCAUCUACGGCGCGCACCCGGCGACGCAGCCGCACUACACGGCGGCGGCGGCGCAGGAGUACUACCCGUCCCCCGCCGCGGUGCACCACCUCCAGCACCACCCGGCGGCCGCCGCCAUGGUGCACCGUGCGGCCGCGGCACCGCCGCCGCCGCAGCAGGCCGCGUACAGCAAGGCGGCGGCGAUGGCGGGCUCGCCUCCCGGAUCGGAAGGGCGGGGCAGCGCCGGAGGAGGCAGCAUCGGCGGCGGAGGCGGGAGGGAGAGGUCGGAGAGCAUCGAGGAGGAAGGCGAGGUGGAGGAGCGGGAAGAGGAUGACGAAGACGACGACGACGACAUGACGGCCAACAAGGCCGACGGCGAGGGGGCCGCCGCCGGUGCCGGAGUCGGCGCCGCCAUGUACUAAUUAAUAAUCGACCAAUUAACUAGCGCAUGCUGCUACUCUACUCUACUCUACCAUUAGCUACCUUGUUAAUCGCCAUUAGCUCCGGGUUGUUAAGCAGCGCAUGUGCUGUAGCAUCACCGGGAAAAAAGUGAAUUUUUGUUCGCGCCCGCGCGGAGAACGGAUGCCGACGACCGGCCUGAGCUCGCUCCAGUCAACAUGUGGUGGAGUAGUGGAGGCGGUGGACGGUGUGAGAGUGUCCGAGAUUGUCUCAUUCGUGAUGUGAUACAUGUGAGCGAGAGCGAGGGCCUAUCCUUCGCUUUUAUUUUAGGGCUUGGCGUAUUGGUCUCUGGUUAUCUUUUCCCCCUUUCUCUCUCUCUCGCUUUCGCUUUGGACUAGUGUACUGUACUAGUAAAUAUUUUUGCGGUGGAUAAGUUAUGUAAACUUGCUUGGAUCGGCCUUGGGUCCAGAGAUAAU